ACCCUACCUCGUUCCGUCAUCGUGCCGAGCUCGCCUCGCUACUCCGGCAUCUCUUUCUACACUUGCCGAUGCUUGGAAAGUAGUUUCACUCUCUAGUCUUCGAUCGUAUCUACCCUCUUCUGCGUUUUAGUUUCUUCGAAAAGCUAUUAUACUCUGUAUUCUUUAAUUAGAAUCACUGGUCUGGAGCUAGUGAAUUCCCCAUCUGCGAGAAAGAUUGCCAAAUAAAAACCUGUGGUUAUGGCUUCAGCACCAUCAAAGCUACACACAGAUGAUGUAAGCUUAUUGAUGGUGACGAUUGAUACCAAUCCGUUCUUCUGGAGCUCGAUGAAGAAUAGUGAUUCUUUUAAUUUUUCUAUGUUCUUAUCUCAUGUAAAUAUACAAAGGGUGUUUCGAUCUGGGCCACUUCAUCCGCAUCCUCGGAUACUGUGUCUCCAUGGAUCUCCAGAUGGGCCAGGACAAUAUGUGGCCAUCAUGAACUCAAUUUUCUCUGCUCAACGCUCAAUGGUACCGAUAGAUUCAUGUGCCAUAGGGGCCCAACAUUCCGCUUUCCUGCAGCAGGCUUCAUACAUAACUAGCGGAGUUUACUUGAAGCCUCAAUUUUUGGAUGGACUAUUUCAAUAUCUUUCGACAGUGUUUGCAACUGAUUUGCAUUCUCGUGCCUUCUUACAUCUUCCCAGGCCUGUGGGGGUCGAUUUUCGCGCUUCGUGUUUUUGCCACAAGAAUACAAUUGACAUGGGGUAUAUAUGCUCAGUUUGUUUGUCCAUUUUCUGCCAGCAUCAAACACAAUGCUCCACAUGCGGAUCGGUCUUCGGCAAGAGUCGAGCAGCGGUUGAAUCUGCAUCGUGAGAUGUUGGUAGCAUUUUCAAAGCUAAUUAUAUUGUUAUAAUCUUGUCCCAAACGGUGAUGCUAAUGGAAAAUAAUGCUUCCUAACAAUC